AUUUUGCCUACUCAAAUGGGAAAUGUUGAAAAAACAAAAGGGUACAACUCAUAUUGCACAAGGUACGAUUUCUACCCCAUCACUUCUCCAAAGCCUUUGCCUCUAUUUAUACCUCAUAUUGGAAUUCAUGUCUUCACUACUCAUCUAACAAUGUCGGAUUGCGAAGGAAAGAGUUCAUGGCCGGAGCUGGUGGGGGCGACCGGAGGCGCGGCGGCGAAGAAGAUUGAGAAAGAGAAUCCACGUGUCGAUGCGAUUGUGUUACUGGACGGAACUCCGACGACUAGGGAUUUCCGAUGCGACCGUGUGUGGGUGUGGGUGAACUCUAGUGGGGUCGUUAUUCGAACUCCUAAAAUUGGCUAAGUUCGCCGGUGCCCCCUACACUAUUCAUAAUUAAUAAAACUCGUCCCUCUUAUGUCAAAUUUAUGGCUUUGUUACUAUUUAAGAGCUACGUUGAUGUUUUGAGGGAAAAAUAAGGUGAAUCGUACGAAUGCAUUAAUAAAUAAAAUGUGCAAGAUAUGUGUUUAAUAUAUCGACUUAUGAAUUACUUUCGUUUAUUUUUCAUAGUA